GAGUCAAACCAAAAACUUUUUUUUUUUCUUUUCCUUUUUCGUUAUAGCGAAUUCGAUCAACGGGAAUCUGAUGCAGAGGGAAACAAAACGCAAAUUGCGCCUAUUAAGUCAAAAAGAGAAACCAGAAGAAAGAAACGUGUUCGAGUUUGAUCGUAUGAACAAUUCAGAAGAAAGAAAAAAUAGAGAGUUCUUAGAUUUUGUGUUUGGAUUGUGGAGUAAUUGAUUAUUGGAAAUUUUGAAUUAUUAUUAUUGAGAGCGGUGUUUGAUCCUAAAUAAAUGAAGGAAGAUGAAGGUGAUGAUAAGAAAAUCAGCGAAGAGAAAAUUCAAGAUAUUAAGCUUUGGGGAAUUUUCCUCUUCGGUUUAAUUGGCGCUACCGCCACCAGUUUCGCCCUGUCCAGAUCAAAAGUUAGUUAUUUUCGAUCAGCUUUUCAAGAAGAAGCUUGGAAGAGAUACAAUAAGCGAUUGCAAGAGGAAUAUGAGGAAGAGAUGGAAAGAGUGGAAAGAAUAAGGCGUAUGCAAAAUGUGUUUAAUAAAGAAAGGGAUAAGUUUAGAAGAAAUUACGAUAAUUGGAAGGAAACUGGUUCUGGUACAUAUCAUCAGCAUUUCCAAAGAGAUGAUUGGUAUUGGAAGGCUGAACAAACCUUCAGAGACCAGUGGAGUCAUUACCGAGACACCCCAAGGGAAAACGGAAGCAUAAAUAAUUCAUUAUUAUCACACCACUACUCGGUUUUGGGUCUCGACAGGUCCAGAACAACACCAUAUACAGAUGCUGAGAUUAAGACAGCAUUUAGGACCAAAGCAAAGCAGUAUCAUCCUGACCAGAACCAGGAGGAUAGAGUGGCUGCUGAGGCUAAAUUCAAAGAAGUAAUGGGUUCAUAUGAGGCCAUACAACAACAAAGAAAGAAUCAUAGUCUGUAAUUGCAACCCUGCCUGAUAAUCCUGGGACCUUGAAGGAUGCAAGGUAUUAAAAAACAAAUCAUAAUUUUGGGGUCGUGUCUAGGGUUGAUGUAGUUCACUGGUAUGUUGAAAACCAGCGGAAAUCUUAAUGUUACAUCAUAGUGGCGUUGUUUUACAAUGAUGUAAUCAUUGAUUGUUAGUUUUUUUUUUUUUGUUGGGAAACUU